CCGCGCCACGGAGGAAGUGGGCGGCGUCCGCAAGUACCGAAGUCUGCUCCAUGGCGGUGGCGUGGGAAUGCGCGGCCGCAGGGCUGCGGCUGCUCGCGCUGCUGUCGCUGCUGUCUCUGGAGCUGGCGGCGGGCGCCCGGUGGAGCGGGGAGGGUACCAGCCCGCAGCUGCGGAGCAUCUUCCUGGGCCGCUGCGCCGAGUACAUCAUGCUGCUGAGCCCGCAGUUGGGGGACAGGAACUGCACAGCCAUCUGGGAAGCCUUUAAAGUGGUGCUGGACAAAGAUCCCUGUUCUGUGCUCCCCUCGGACUAUGACCUUUUCAUUAACCUGUCUAGGCACUCCAUUCCCAGAGACAAGGUAAUCACAGCCAUCUCAGAUAAAUCACUGCCCUCUUUCUUUAUCUGACAGAGGGUGCACAGGCAAGGAGUGGGGUCAGCUGCCCCCAGCAGCCUGCAGAGCUGAAGAAACACCAGGUGAUACACUGGGAUAUGGCAUGGUACUAUACUUGCUGGUGCCGAGGCAGUUUUGUUUCUAGCAGAGAUUCUGGGUCUGCUGGCCACCUGUGGACCAAAAGUGCUUUCCUGAGUCAGCAAGCCAGGACAGGAAUCUCCACAAGGACUUCGGGAUCUAGCCAGAACUCUCACACCGGGCUCCACAUCUGGCCAGUUCUGAAUGACCUCUAUCCUAACUGGCCCUGGAGCCCAAGCUCUAAUGAUUCACAAAACCCUUGCUGUCGGUCUCUCAGGAGACAUUGCUUCUGCAAGUGGUCCUCGCUAUUGUGUUUAUUCAGUCCUAGUUUCUCUAAGAAAACCACAGGUCUCUAGUCUAUCUGGGCUCUCAGGUUUAAUAAAUAAAAAUAAAUGAGGAGAUCUACGUAAAAUGCUUGCUUAGAAUCAUACCUUGGCUCUGAAGACAGAUACCAUUUUUUAUUUCUCUAACACAAUCAGUCUUAACCUGAUUUUUCCAUUGUGUGUUAGGUAUCAAGGCAAAUAAAUGGAGCUGUGGAGCGUAGAGUGAAAUAGAUCAUAAACAUGGUUUUGAGAGAUCCAUUUAUAUUUUGAACCUCAGUGCCUCCCUUUUGGUAAAAGAUUCGGGAAGCAUCAUGUUUGCUUUCCUCUCUGGGAGAUUUUGUAGGCUUACUGAUUAGCUCAGUAAAUACUCCCUGGCUGUUUCUGUGUGCCAGGGAUUGUGCUAAGGGGUAAGGAUGUAACAGUGAAAACCAGCUUCUCCUUGAAGACUGUCCAGUCUGCAUGGAGCCCAAUGACUAGGUAGAUCCAAUGACUAGGUGUCAGGUGAUCCAGUGGGCAGGGAAUGCUUGGCUCUGAAGACAGAUACCAUUUUUUAUUUCUCUAACACAAUCAGUCUUAACCUGAUUUUUCCAUUGUGUGUUAGGUAUCAAGGCAAAUAAAUGGAGCUGUGGAGCGUAGAGUGAAAUAGAUCAUAAACCGCAGCAAGAGUAGUUCUAAGAGAAAGCUUCUAGCAAUAAGUAUCAUAUUAACAAUUCAAAAGUCACACACACACCUUUUCUCACAUAUCAUCACCAAGGAAUAAAACCUGAUCUGUCACUGCCACAGAGUUAAAGAGCUCAAAAAAUAAAUAAAUGAAUAAAAAAAAGAAAAUUAGCACCUUCGGGAAAUAAAACAAUAUUAUGCUAGCAGAAGGAAGGACAUGAAAAAAUGAGACCAGAAACAGAGAACAGAAAAAUCAGCAAAUCUUCAGUUAUAUUAAAAAUAAGAUUCAAAUAUAUAAAAUGAGAAAAUAGACACCACCACAGCAGGCAUCUUGGAAACAAAAAGGAUUACAAAAUAAAUUGGGACACACACGUGUAAAUACCACACUGUUUCUCUGAUGUGAGAAACUGAAAAUGUAAAUAAGAACCAAAAUGUGUAACAAAUAUUGUGAAAUACAAAGAAAAUGUUCAAGGGGGAGAACAAAGGAAGAGGCAGAGGGGAAAGGAAGGAAAUAAAAGAAUGGAAGAAAAAAAUGGAAAUAAGGAUUUUGUAAAUAGAGGAAAAAUAAGUUAUAUCAUGUAUAGGCACAAAUUUCCAUAAUAAAUAUGAUCAUUAUGUGUAUCUAAAAUGUAGAAAUAUCUGAUUAGAAGGAAAAAAGGAUCACAAGAGACCAUAUCAAUAAUUAUGUGGUAACAAACUUGAAAACCUAAUGGAAAGUGAUAAAGUUCUAAGAAAAUACAACCCACCAAGGUUGAAUCAGGAAGAAAUAGACAAUCUGAGCCAAUCAAUAGUAAAUAUUAAUACAAAAGGAGUAAUUUUCAAAAGCCCACUAAGGAAAAGCCCAAGAAUAUAGGAGAUGGCUUUCAGUUGAUUACUACAAAUCCUUCAAAGAAUACAAUACUUGUCACACUCUCCCAAAAAUUAAGGCUAGGGCAUGUAUUUCCUAACACAUUUUGCAAGUCCAUCUUCACUCUGAUUCCUCAAAGAUACCACAAAAAGUAUAGGCCAAACAUCUGUGAUGAACAGUGAUGCAAAACUCCUAGGUAAAAUAUUCAGAAAUCAAAUGAAACAACACAUCAAAACAAAAUAUCAUAAGUAAAUAGAAUUUAUCUUUGGCCUGCAAAGGUAGCUGAACCCAAGUAAAUCAAUCAAUGUAUUAAUACGAAAAAAAAAAAAAAAGCACAGGAUCAUAUCAACAGGUGCAGAGAAAAUACUCAAAGUUUAGUAUCCUUUCUUGGUAAGAACUGUAACAGUCUAGAUACAGAAAGUAGGGCCAGGGAUUUAGCUCAGUGGUAUAAGUGCCUCCCUGGCAAGUGUGAGGUGAUGAGUUUGAUCCCCAGUACCAAAAAAAAAAAAAAAAAAAAAAAAAGACAAAUACAGAAGGCAAGUUUCUUGGUACAGUAAAGUACAUUUAUGGUAUUCCUUUGACUAAUGUCAGAAUCAAUGCUAAAUGAAAUAAGCCAGGUUGAUAUGUACAAUCUUUAAAAAUAAACCAAUAUGUAGAGGUAAAGAAUAAAACAGUGGUUACUAGUGAGGAAGAAACAGAUGUGGAUUAAAUGAUAUAAAGUAAGACAUAUACAAUGGGAACAAAUCAUAAGAGCUAAAGCUCAAAAUGAAUACUAUAGUUAAUUAUAGUGUACUGCAGUCAAGAAUUUUGCUAAGCAAACGUGUACCUCAUGGCUAUGCCAUGAGACAGAAAAAGAGGUAACUGUGUAAGGUGGAAUGUUAAUUUCUUUCACUACAAUAACUAUGUAUGUACCCUAUAACAUCAUGUUGUAUAUCUUAAAUAUGUGUAUACAAAAAAUGUUUUAAAAAUAUUUUAAAUAAGAUUGACAAUUAAACUAUGAAUGCAAUUAAAUAAAA